AGAGAGAGCUUGGAGCUUGUUGGAGAUGGGAAUAAGGUUCAUAUUGAUGGUGAACAAGCAAGGCCAGACUCGUCUUGCUCAGUACUACGAAUGGCUCACUCUUGAGGAACGUCGCGCUCUCGAAGGCGAAAUCGUCCGUAAAUGUCUCGCUCGCAACGACCAGCAGUGUUCAUUUGUUGAACAUCGCAACUACAAGAUAGUCUACAGGCGUUACGCAUCUCUCUUCUUCAUGGUUGGGGUUGAUGAUGACGAAAACGAGCUGGCGAUUCUAGAGUUUAUACAUCUUUUGGUUGAGACAAUGGACAAGCAUUUUGGAAAUGUGUGUGAGCUUGACAUAAUGUUCCAUCUAGAGAAAGCUCAUUUCAUGCUGGAAGAAAUGGUGAUGAAUGGUUGCAUUGUGGAGACAAGCAAAGCCAACAUACUUUCACCUAUACAACUAAUGGACAAAGCCCAUUAAUGCAAAUCACCUUGUUUCUAUUUCCGUUUCAUCACUCUGUUACACACCACUUCUUGUAUUAUUAUUAAAUAUGCUUCAAAGAG